UGCCCCUCCCAGCUCUCUUUCUUUGCUGUGAAAGAUGCGAGAGUUUGUGUUUUCGAAGGAGAUUACGGAAAAUAGUUUAGUCGUUGCAAAAAUACUGAAUCGUAGGAGUCGAUUGAAGCUUGACACCGGGAAAUGGGAAGAGACGGGCAAGGAAUCGAUUGUUUUUGAAGCGACACCCCACCACGAUUCGUUGCUGGCAUUUUCCACAAUUGGCACAUUAGUUAGAUACUGUAUCUCGCUCGACAGAAUUCGAAUUCCACGCUAAAUGCAGACAUGAUAGGGAACACGAAUUCUCCAGUUGUUAUUUUUACAAACUAAUUGUCAAGUUUGACAACUUCCUGCCCCCCCUCCAAAAAAACUCCCUGCUAACGUUGGCUAAUGCUGCUCACACACAGGUGCCUCAUUCUGAAUUAUUUGAACUGAAGUAAAGGCGUACAACCCAACUGAGUUAUGUCGUCGCGUGUGCUGCUUCGGCAGCAGCUGAUGCGGGAACAAGCCCAGGAACAAGAGAGACGGGAGGCCCAGCAGCAGGACUCUGUGGCUCAGCUCAGGGCAACUGACUCCACCCCUGCCAUCUAUGUCACUCUGCCCCCAAUGGCUGCUCGCCCUCAACCCGCACAGGUGCCCGUGGAGGUGUUGAAGGUGCAGAGCCAUCUGGAGAACCCCACCAAGUAUCACAUCCAGCAGUCUCAGAGGCAGCAGGUGAAGGAGUAUCUCUCCACCACCCUCGGCAAUAAGGUGGCACCACAAAUCCUAGGUGUAUCUCCCUUGCCACUGUCUAGCUCUGCCCCUGAGAUGACUCCCACAGCCCUCAGUGCUCCAAACAGCCCAAUGGCUUUACUCAAUCUGGGAUCCAAGAAAGAGGAGAUAGAUGGCGUAAUUGACGACAUCAUCAGCCUUGAAUCAAGUUUCAAUGAUGACUUCAUGACGUUAAUUGACUUGGGUCUACAGCUGCCUAAUACACUCCCUGGGAACCUCCUGGAUGUAUACCAUAGUCCUGGAAUGGCAGCACCUACCCUCACUGUCAGCAACUCCUGCCCUGCGGAUCUGACCAAUAUUAAAAGGGAAUACUCUGAUACCAAAGCGCUGGUGAAAGAGAGACAGAAGAAGGACAACCAUAACCUCAUUGAGAGGAGGCGGAGGUUUAACAUCAAUGACCGCAUAACGGAGCUUGGGGCCAUAAUACCCAAGUCAAGUGACCCGGAGAUGCGCUGGAAUAAGGGCACCAUUCUGAAGGCCUCGGUGGACUACAUCAGGAAGCUGCAGAAGGAGCAGCAGAGAGCCAAGGAGGUAGAGAUGCGUCAGAAGAAGCUGGAACAUGCUAACCACAGCUUGAUGCUACGCAUCCAGGAGUUGGAGAUGCAGGCUCAGCUCCAUGGCCUCUCCAGUCCGAUGUCCCAUGGCCUGAGUUCAGACCCCUCCCUCCUUCAGCAGCAGCACCUUCUGCAGGGAGACCAUAAACUGGGGCCCAGCGCUGGAGAGGCCUGCUCCCAAACCUUUCUCAGCCUGGGGGCAGCAGCCAUGGCACAGCCUGUCCUUACCUCCUCCCCACCUUCCUCUGACUCCCCUGUGGUUGUGACCAUAAGCAGCCCCCUGGACCUGGGCAGUGUAAGCUUCACCGAGCUGGAUGACCCCUCCAAUGCUGGGCUGUACCUAGACGUGGGGCUGGGGGACAUCAUCAUGGACGAGGGGUACACACUGUCCCCAGAGAGGGUGGACCCACUGUUUUUUGUGUCACCAGGUGCCUCAAAGACCAGCAGUCGUGGGAGCAGCUUCAGUAUGGAGGAGGACUUGUAGCAGGGACAUACUGGGGUCAAACUGGUAGAGCGAGACCAGGGAGUUGGGUAAUGAGAGGGUUGGGGAAAGGAGGAGGAGCACUGGAAAAUAAGAGCUAGAACACUGCAUAUGGCACUGGACUCUGCUUUAAAACAAACAGCCAACAGUUUCACAAAAAAUUAGUUUGAUCUGAAUCAUGCAUUAGUCCAAAGUAAAUGGCUAUCCUUUCCUCCCUUACCAAGUUAAUAUUGGUCCCUGAAUUUAGAACCCCCCCCCCUUUUUUUUUCAGCACACCAUCAAUGAUAAAUGCAAUAAUUUUCAAAUGGAACAUAGUACAAUUAGGAUAUGGACAUUUUGAUUUUUUUUUUUACUUUUCUUGCAAGCCUCAACUCAACCAAGAUUUCCCUGCACAGACAUUAAAGAGGAAAUAGAGUGGUGGUUUAGUUAAGUACAGUAUAUUAUUGCUUCAUUGUAGAGUAUAUACUUUGUGCACUUUAACUUUUGUGGGAAGGUUCUUGACUAUUUUGUGAAAUUGGCAUGAACUACAUAACAGGUGCUUUAUUAAAUUUAGGUAUUUUUUUAACGGAGUUGAAAAUAGCUUAAAGUACACAAGUGAAUGCAUUUUACAGAUCUCAUGUUUGUCUAACAAAUAUGUACCAAAGGGAUAUUUUAUUAAAUAUAUAAGGCACAUAGUUUGUGAUGUAAAAAAAUGAUUUGAUAACCUCUAAAAACCAAAAAUAUAUAUUUACUGUAUCUUACAUUUCUAAAAUAUUUGUGAACUGUCAAAACAUGUUUGUUGCACCUUUUCCUGUUGUCUAUGCAUUUUUUAAAAGCUUUUGUCUGUUGAAUGGCUAUACAGCUGGUAUGUAACUGAACUUACAAUGAACAAAAUAAAUAUACAAGAAAAGCAAAAGCUGCUGCAGCUAGUCAGACAACGCAGGCCACCUUUCACAGAAUGAUCAUAGAUUUAAGUCUUUAUACGGGUGCAUUAUAUAUAUAUUUUUUAUAGUCAAUGGAAGUAUAGCUUUAAUGUUUGGCACUAAUCUCUGAAACACUGCGUGCUGUGUGUGUUGCAGAAACGUACUGAGCUAUGCAGUAUAUUUCUUAGAUGAUCAUAUGGUAAUUUGUGAUGAUAAUACUAAUAUGAUUAUAUUAUGAUAUUAUGGGGCGGCAGGGUAGCCUAGUGGUUAGAGCGUUGGACUAGUAACCGGAAGGUUGCAAGUUAAAAUCCCGAGCUGACAAGGUACAAAUCUGUCGUUCUGCCCCUGAACAGGCAGUUAACCCACUGUUCCUAGGCCGUCAUUGAAAAUAAGAAUUUGUUCUUAACUGACUUGCCUAGUUAAAUAAAGGUAAAACAAAAAAAAAUGUUGACUAAGAUUUCUAUAGCGAUUUUCCAAGGCCUUGUCACAUAGACUUGACUUCUAGCUCUAGACAUACAGUUACCUUUUUCUGAGCCAUCUUAUCUGAAAAUGUGUAACAUUCCACAUGUUUUUCCAAGAGACUGAAAUCCGUGCAUGGUUAGUGUGUAUUACUCCUCUGGCCCUCAGUCUUUCUUUCAUUUGUAUUGACAAGCUUUUCAAAUAAAAGUACGUUCAUUAGCAGUA